UGAAACCUGACCUGCUGACCACAUCACGUGUAGAGGAUCUGAAUACUGCGAGCACGCUGUGCACACUUGCCUUCAGUCUGACCAAGGUGUAAGUAGGCAACAGUGCAAAGAUGCCUCAAACUCGGUCCAGUCGCAAACGUGACCUCGGUAAUCCAGCGACGGGGGUUGAAGUUAAGAUGGGUCGAAUCAGAAGGAAUCCCAAAUUGCCAAGUGUUGGCAAUUCAGAAACAAGUAAGCCGUCUCAACAAUCCAACGACAGCGUCGCCGCUACGACUCAUCCCACGACGUCAGACCUCAAGGAUGUCCUGGUGGACCAAGUGGAGUCGUUGUCCAAGAGAGUGGACGAACGGUCAGCGUACGUACAACUUCAACAGAGAGCCAUUACGGAGGCCCGUGAACGCAAGGAAUCCAAUCAAGCUCGCAUUGUGGAAAUUGUCAAGGAUGCCGUGGAUAUGAUUAAGCAAAAGGAAACAAAGCUGAUGACAGAGCUGGAUGAAAUGACGGAGAAGCAGCUUCAGCAGCUGAAUGAUGAAUUGCUGAAGGAGGAAGCAGACCUGUGCAGGUUCCAACAACAAUCUGACUUUAUCAACAAAGCUAUACAGGAUGGCAAUGGGACGAAGUAUCAGACUUUUCUGGAAGACUUGACGGACAUUGGGGAUGGGGCGAGCCAGGGGGAUGUUGUUCGUACAAUAAACACAAUCACUUUCAAUCAUGACUCUGAGAAAGUUGGCAAAGCCGUUGAGAACCUGCGCCUGGCGGAGGUUGAUUUCACGUACCACGAUAACCCCUUAUAUGUACCGGUGUUAGUGAACACGAUCACCUACCCAUCUUUGAAUGAGAACGGCUGGCCGAUGGAAGCAACAGAUGUGACUGUUCUCGAUAUCGAUGGGUCGCAGGUAGUUGUCAUCACCGAUGGUAGAAACCGCCAACUGAUAUCUUUCUACACAGGACACAAUGGGCCUUGCUAUAGUGUUCUUCCACUAGACCAAUGCCCCAAUGGGAUGGCACGUAUCACAGAGAACAGGGUGAUUAUAGCUCUACCAAAGAUUGACCAGCUUGUAACAGUAGAAGUGGCCCCUGAACUGACCCUCCUGUCAAAAAUCACCUGUAAGAGUUAUUACAGCUUGGCUGUUCUCAGCCCUUCAUCUUUGCUAGCGGGAGGAGGUCACUACGGUACUGGCUACUGUGUCGACAUCAUUGACAUGGAAGGCAAUAUAUUGAGAUCAAUAGACAGCCCCCUUUUCCACAUAUCGGCUUACCUCUUCGUCAACAACAGUGGCAACAUCGUUGUGUCCGACGGAAGUACACAUUCAAUGUUUUGCAUGACCCCCGAUGGUGACGUGGUGUGGAAACACGACCCCAGCAGGAGCACGCCGUCAGUUGGGUAUACUGGAGGGAUCGUCCAGACCAACACCGGGGACAUCCUUGUGUCAGGAGAGAACGGCGGCAACAAGGUGAUGCUGCUCACAGGGACGGGGGAGUUUGUCAGAGACGUCCUCACGGCGGACAAUGGGCUUCAGACACCAUCUAGACUGUGUCUUGAUAAACGUGGUCAUUUAUUCGUAUGUGACCGAAAUGAUAUAAAAGAGUUUACCUUCGCUGUACAGAAGCAGUGAUACCUACCUCGUCAUGAGCGCGUCUUCGGUGUGACGAGCGAUGGAAUAACCCCUAGCCUACCGCACAGCCCCUCGUAAGUUAUUGACAUCAAGUGAUGUAAUGAAUCUGAUCAAAUGGGCAAAAUUUGCUUUUGAAAGAUAAUAUUAUUUUAGGUACAAGCCAAUUGCCAUAUAUGUAUUGAUUUACUUUUAUACAUGGGCAGAUGGUCUACAUAUAGACAUAAUACAGACUCUCUCUCUCUCUCUCUCUCUCUCUCUAACCACACCUGCCUAACCUAACCAUUAGGUCCCAUCAUACGACAAGCAUUGGCUUCUGGGGACUUAUUCUAACCAGACUGACUGACUGAGUUUGGUUUUUACGCCGCUUUUAGCAAAUAUCCAGCAACAUCUUCACACAUUGUGCCCAUGUGGGGAUUCGAA